AUGGGGCGGGCAGGGGAGCGGAGACGCGGCGGCACGGGGACGCGGAGCUCCGUGCGACGGCGCCACCCGCCCACCGGUGCCGGUGACCGCCCCGGUGCCACAGCGGCGCGCGCCCGCCCUCCCCGGAGCGCCGCUCGGCCCCUCGCGCAACAAUGCGUGCCCCCCUCAGGCACCGUGGCUCCCCCCGUCCUGAGCGCGAUGGUUUCGUCAAGCCACCGAAUCAGCUGGGAGCGGCAUGUACCACAGCACAUCCCCGGGGGAAGUUGGGGCGGAUCGUGCGGGGCUGAGGCCCGCAGAACCGCCUGGAGCCGCUGCCCUCUUUUGCCUCUACCCAUACGUUGGGCACACAGUGGUACAGCCAGGAACGGGUGGCGGGGUGCUGGUGCCGCUCGCACAUGCGCAGACGGGCCCCUGACGCGGAAGUCUGUCGGAGGGAGCGGGUCCCGGGGGGCCGGGCCGGGCCCGUCCCGUCCCAGGCUGCCGUUCCCGCUGUGCCGGGACCUGCUUCGCCGAGGGACGCUGUUCAAUAUCUUUCACUUGUCCUGGUCGCUGCCAGCGCAGUGUGCCGGGGCCGGGCCGGCUGUGCGCGCUCGGGAGCUCUCCCCGGAGGCUGGGCGGCUCUGGGGGGCUCCGGUGCGGUGCGGGGUGAGGACAGGGACUUGUUCCCUUGGGGCUCCGCUUGGUGAGAGAUCUGGAGGGCCCCGAGGGCGACGCUUGCCCUUCUGUUUGCCUUCUUAUCCUGUAGCUGUUCGUCCUCGGUUGCCUCAGUCCGAACUAAAGCCCUGUAGGUGUUUGACGUACUCAGGGUUCUCCUGGCCUGUGGUGAGCACCAUGAGGAGACGGAGCUGUGGGCUGGCUACAGCCGGGACAAGGCAGGCCGCGCCGGCCCGCUCCGUGCUCUGGGACCUGCAAGAGUCUGGGGUUGCCUGACUCCCAGCUGAUGCAACUCUCUGCCCUCUUUGAAGUGUCUGUGGCUGCAAAACACCCUGUGCACUGACCAGCACCAGGCAAAGCUGUCCCUGGGCA